CACUCAAAGCUCGAAUAACAUGAGAUUUAGUAUUAUUUUUAAAUUUCAAAGAAUCAAAACCAACGCAUAACACUAGUUAGCUGAUUUUCAAAAUUUUAUCCGGUCUUCAAAAGGUAGCCAGUCGCAGCCAGUCGAUCAGGCCAAUGAUGAUGCCUCAAUUUGUGUUCUGGAGGAGGGAUGCCAAAAAGACCCAGCUGGAGCAGAUCUCGCCCAUCUGGAGGGAUUUGAAUGCUACAUUUGUGACGGUUCUCAGCUGGAGUUGGCUCAUCUACGCACUUUCCGCACUGGUAAUCAUCACUUGUGCAUAUUUCGCUUAUUGUGAGCGCUGCCGAAGAACUGAAUCAGUGCGACGACGACGGGUGAUUCAAAGAGCUCAAGAGCGACCGCCACAAAAGCGACGACCGAAUGCGGCCUAUCGGGAUCACCAGAUCUACCGCCACAUCAUCCUCAGCGUGGCCAAGUACAUGAAGAAUCCGGAUGGUAUUCGACCCUUUAUAGAACACAUGGAGCAGCUAUAUCCACUCAGGCAUAACUUGGCCGAUCAGCAGCAGGUGGCCGAACCAAGUGCUGGAGAAGAUUAGUGAUCAGGGAGGUAAAACCAAAAGAUUUGAAUCCAAAAUUAAUAGAAUAAAUACUGCGAAAAUU